AUGAUUCCCCCAUUGGCACUGACAUUCACCAUUCACCAUUCACCGCUCGCCUUAUCGCUCCGGCCUCCGGUACCUGACGGGCGUCCUCUCCCGUGUGAACCUCCCCUCCCAAUUCUGCGCAAUCCAUUCACAAACCAAGAGGGGUCACCAGGUACCAUACCUGUCUUGGCUUUUCCACUGCCAGGUUCAGCCCAGUCGUCACACCCUCUCGCCCCGAAUUCUGACUCUUCGCUAUCCCCAUCUCGGCAUCUUUCCCACCUCGUGCUCUACUGA